GUGUCUCCCUUUAGUUUUCUUCAGAGGUGGAAAUUGCAUCCGCCCCUUACAGCACCGAGUCGCAGUGUUUACGAGUGUCGGAGGAGGAAAACCGGAUAAAAAAAACAUGGAUGCAACUACAGAGAAUCCGCCCCAAGAUGCCACACGCCGUCUCCAACCCAAAAAGCAGACGUUAGACGAUGCAUACGCGGCUCCAGCGAACUUUCUAGAAAUCGAUGUAGUCAAUCCUAUGACUCAUGGCGUGGCAAGGAAGAGACACACCGACUACGAAGUUCGAAUGAGAACAAAUCUGCCAGUUUUCAAAAUGAAAGAAUCCAGUGUUCGUAGACGCUAUAGUGAUUUUGAAUGGUUGAGAAACGAAUUGGAGAGAGAUAGUAAGAUUGUGGUACCUCCUCUUCCUGGCAAGGCUUGGAAAAGACAAUUGCCUCUCCGGGGUGAUGACGGCAUUUUUGAGGAAGAAUUUAUAGAAGACAGGAAAAAAGGCUUAGAAAUGUUUAUUAACAAGGUGGCCGGACAUCCACUUGCCCAGAACGAACGAUGCCUCCACAUGUUCUUACAGGAUCCAGUGCUUGACAAGAACUACGUUCCGGGGAAAAUUCGAAACACAUGAAUGGCGCAUAGACAGACGCGCAAAUCUACUGGUUUCGUCAUUCCUAAAGGUGAUGUGCUUUGUUGCUCUUUGGAAUUUGAGCAAAAGGUGACUCUUAUCGUUACGUGCACUGCCUUCCUUCGACAUUCUUUCUCGACAUAAUAGCCAUCAUGUAAAAUUAAAUAUUAAAUAUAUAUUAUACAAACAUACAUAUAUACAGAAUAUAAAUACUUUGAAUAAAGCUAUUUUUGAUUUCUCAUUUUCAAUAAAAAAAAAACAAACUGAUUUUGUAAGAAAUUCUAUCUAGUUGUCUGAGAACAUUACUUCAUGUGACACACAGUUAAAAUUUGUAACAUAUUUUUGUUAUUCAUUUUUAUUUCUUAUGUCCUAAUAUAAAUCUAUAGAUGUAAAAAAAAUUAUAAUAGGUAAAUCAAAGCGAUACUAGUAACAGAUUGUUUCCAGUAACAAUAUACAGCAGCUAGAAUAUAAAAUUGUCAUCAAACAUCUGAAAAUUUUGUAUUCAUUCACAUUCAUACAUAGAAAAUUCGAUUUCUGUUGUUUAAUAAUUACUGGACUAUCUAGAAUAAAAUUAUUACCAUUUACAUGUAAUAAUUUUACUUGAUAUUAUGUACUGGUAUGCAAAUGUUCUUUGUUUUGCAUAAUAAAAAAAAAUUUUGAAAGAA